ACGGGUACUCAUAAUUCAUCGAACUCCGAAAGAAAUAUUUAUCAUCAUCUACCGCAAUUCAACCAAACCAAAUUUUCCGCCACUUCACCAAAUCACGCAUAUUGUUGCACCAGCUCUUCUCACGUGCAUACCAGCCCUUCAACAUUUCUACGUGUAAUUACAAUAACAAUUAUUAUUUAUUUUAUUUCUUUGUUCUUAUAUAGAAAGAAGUAUUAACUGAGAAAAACACUACAAGUAGACCAUAUCAAUUCCACCACUACAUCUCACCUCGCCCAACAAUGCCGUCAAUCUCCAUAAUCCUCCUCUCCAUACUAUUGGCUGUUGGAGUGUACAGUCUUCUCAAGAAGUUGCGAAGCAGAGGAUCCUCACUCCCCCUACCUCCAGGCCCACGACCAUGGCCCAUCGUCGGAAACCUCCCUCACCUGGGCCCAGUUCCUCACCAGGCGAUAGCGGCUCUGGCUCGGAAACACGGUCCAUUAAUGUAUCUCCGAUUGGGCUUCGUGGAUGUGGUGGUGGCGGCCUCGGCCUCGGUAGCGGCCCAGUUCCUGAAGGUCCAUGACGCCAAUUUCUCAAACCGGCCGCCAAACUCUGGGGCCAAGUACAUCGCUUAUAACUACCAGGACCUAGUUUUCCGUCCGUACGGUCCACGCUGGAGGAUGCUCCGCAAAAUUAGUUCCGUACAUCUUUUCUCCGCCAAGGCCUUAGACGAUUAUAGAUAUGUUCGCCAGGAAGAAGUAGCAAUGUUAGUAAGAGCACUAGUAGAAUCAAGAGACAAAGUAAAUUUAGGGAAAUUGCUAAAUUUGUGUACAGUGAACGCCUUAGGGCGAGUGAUGCUAGGGUAUCGAGUUUUCGGUGAUGGAAGCGGGAAGAGCGAUGCAAGAGCUGAUGAAUUUAAGGCCAUGGUGAUGGAACUGAUGGUACUUGCUGGAAUAUUUAAUAUAGGAGAAUUUGUGCCAGCAUUGGAGUGGCUUGACUUGCAAGGUGUGGCUGCUAAGAUGAAGAAGCUCCAUAAGAGAUUUGACACUUUCUUGGGGGCCAUUAUUGAGGAACAUAAGACCAAAAUUGCUCAAAAUAAACAACAAACUCAUGACUUGUUGACUACUUUGAUUUCCUCAAAUGAAAAUAGUGAAGAUGAAAGUGAAAAGCUUACGGAUACUGAAAUCAAAGCACUUCUUUUGAAUAUGUUCACAGCUGGUACUGACACAUCUGCAAGCACGGUGGAAUGGGCCAUAGCGGAACUCAUCAGACACCCCAACAUCAUGGCCCAAGUCCAAGAAGAGCUUGAUCGUGUGGUGGGCCGAGAUAGGCUCGUAGGUGAUAUGGACCUAGCCCAACUAACAUAUCUUCAAGCUGUUGUGAAAGAGACAUUUCGUCUACACCCAUCGACUCCACUGUCCCUUCCUCGGAUGGCAAGCGAGGAUUGCGAAAUAAACGGUUACCACAUUCGCAAGGGAUCAACCCUUCUAGUUAAUGUGUGGGCAAUAGCUCGCGACCCAGAACAAUGGACUAACCCAUUGGAGUUUAGGCCCGAAAGAUUUUUACCCAAUGGUGAAAAAUGUCAUGUAGACAUUAAAGGUAAUAAUUUUGAAGUCAUACCAUUUGGUGCUGGACGUAGAAUAUGUGCUGGGAUGAGUUUGGGCUUGCGCAUGGUCCAGCUACUCACUGCGACCCUAGUCCAGGCCUUUAACUGGAAGUUACCAAAUGGGCUAGUCACUGAGAAACUGAACAUGGAUGAAGCUUAUGGACUCACAUUACAACGGGCCGCACCAUUGAUGGUAGAGCCCCAACCCAGGCUAGCCCAACACUUGUAUGGCGCAUAAUUUGAUAUUUGGGUAGUAGAUAUGUUAAAAAAUAAGUUAUUACAUUUACACCCGAUUCGAUGAUGUAUGAUUUAUGUUAGAUAAGUUUAUUUGCCUACCUUAUCUAGCUUAUGGUGCACUACUUAAAUAUCAUAAUAAAAGAAAGGGAAACGAGAAAUUUUCGCAA